AUGGAACAUGAUGACCCUGCCGAGGCACUGACAGAGCUGCGUGAGCGCCGACUGAGUGCGCUGGAGCUGCUGCAGGUGGCGGCGGGCUCUGGCCUGGCCGCCUACGCCGUGUGGGCCCUAGUGCUGCAGCCAGGUUUCCGUCGCGUGCCAUUACGGUUGCAGGUGCCGUAUGUGGGCGCGAGCGCACGCCAGGUGGAAAAUGUACUGUCGCUGCUGAGAGGCCGCCCUGGAAAGAUGGUGGAUCUGGGCUCCGGUGAUGGCAGGAUUGUGUUAGCAGCUUACAGGUGUGGCCUCCGCCCAGCCGUAGGCUAUGAGCUGAACCCGUGGUUAGUGGGGCUGGCCCGGCUACAUGCGUGGAGGGCAGGCUGUGCCAGGAAGGUGUGUUACCUCCGCGAGGAUCUUUGGAAGGUCAGCCUGAGAGACUGCCACAACUUGUCUGUGUUCCUUGCUCCCAGUGUGCUCCAGAUGUUGGAAUCCAAGCUGCAGGUGGAGCUGCCCAGGGGGGCCCGUGUAGUGUCUGGACGAUUCCCCCUCCCAACCUGGGAGUCAGUGGCUGUGGUGGGUGAGGGUCUGGACCGAGUCUGGGCAUAUGAUGUCCCCUGUGAUGGUCCAAGCAGGGAGGCUAUGGACUCCAGUGUCUUGGGCUCUCAAAAGGGACUGUUGGAUAAAAUAAAGACUCAACUCUACCCUGACUUGUUUAUGGGGGUCGGGUGA